CAAGAUGGCGGCGCCCACGCGGUUGUGUCACGUUUGGGUGGGAGCCGAGACCGGAGCCCUUAAAGGGGUGAACCUGCAGCGCCGAGAGGCCACGAACCACGCGGGGGGGGAGGGGCUGAGCCGGGCCCGGGGGGUCUCGGUGCUCACCUGGGGGGACCCCGCCCAGAGCCAGGUGCUGGUGGGAGCCCUGGAUCGAUCCCUGAGCGUUUUCAGCACCGAGGAAGGAAAAUUCACCGGGGGGCGGCUCUGCCCGGGGGGGGGCGGCGCCUUCUGCGGCCUCGGGGUGCUGGGCAGCUCUGUGGUCACCGCGGUGGAGUCGGGGCUGGUUCGGGUCUGGGGGCAGCAGGAGGAUGAGGAGCCCCUGCAGGAGCUGCAGGCGGGGCCGGGGCUGUGCCGGAUGCGCCAGGACCCCACGAGGCCUCACGUGGUGGGCACGGGGGGGAAGGAGAACGGGCUCAAGGUGUGGGACCUGCAGCGGCCCCAGGAGCCCCUGUUCCGGGCCAAGAACGUGAGGAACGAUUGGCUGGACCUGCGCGUGCCCGUCUGGGACCGGGACCUGCAGUUCCUGCCAGGGUCACAGAGAAUCGUCACCUGCACGGGGCACGGACAGGUGCGUCUCUAUGACCCCUCGUGUCCCCGGCGCCGCCCGGUGCUCGAUGCCGCCUUUGGGGAGGCGCCGCUGACGGCGCUGGCGCUGCCCGAGGGGAACACCUCGGUGGUCGUGGGCAGCGCCCGGGGGGACGUGGCCGUGAUCGACCUGCGCAAAGGGCGGGUCCUGAGGGCCCUCAAGGGCUUUGCUGGGGGGGUCCGGGGGCUGCAGUGCCACCCCCGCCUGCCCCUCGUGGCCUCCGUGGGCCUCGAUCGCUUCCUGCGCCUGCACCGGCUGGACGGGCACCUGUGCCACAAGGUGUACCUGAAGUCGCGCCUCACCUGCCUCCUGCUGAACACACACCUGGACUGGGAGCGUGACUGAUUAAACUGGGAUGAUGGGCGGAGCAGAGAGAGGCUCCAGGAGCGACACCCAGCCAUGGCAGCGUGGCUGCUAUCGCGAUAUCAUUGCAAUAAUAUCGCGAUAUAAAUGUGACAAUCGCGAUUAUUCAACGUUUCCCAGCGAUUUUUGACCACCCGAGGUUCCUCCUUGGGGUUCCCUGUUCCCGGAGGCGCCGCCUGGAACCACCUGGGAGCGACAGCGAGGCCAAAAAAGCGCAAACGUCGCGAUAGAGACGCAAAAUUUGGUGAUUUUGGAGAAAUUUCAGCUUUUUUUGAGGCACUGCAAUACUGGGAUGAUGUGGCUGCUAUCAUGAUAUAAUCACAAUUUAAUCUAUUUUUCACAUUAAACGUCCCCAUCGGGGG